AUGGCAGCAAUGAACCUCAACAAUAUGCCUAUCAUCAAGCUCAUCUCCUCGGACACCCUAGACCCAGCUGUACGUCUGUUUCCUGGGGUGGUGGAGCUUUUGCGUUUCGUCCCACCCCAGGCUGACUUUGUCGCUGCUGUAAGUUACUUUAUUUGAAUCAUUGAGUGUAACACGUAUAAAUUGGUCUGAACGUACAGAAUAUAUUCUAACAAACAAUGCGAUCUCUUAGCCCGUUGUUCCUGCUGCCCUCGCUACCACUGCUGCUGCUGCCGCUCCAAAUGCGCAAAUGGCUCCAGUAGCAUCAUCUUCCGCUCCAGCCUCGCAAGCUGUUGUAUCUCCGCCCUCAAUGGGCAACGGAAGUGCUGCUGGAGCCCUGGUUUUGUCUGCGCCUGCUGCUGCUGCCCCAGUCGCCCAACGACCAGCCCGCCGCCGAGUCCAUAGACACCCACUUGAAGAAAAAAAGAGCACAAGCGUGUCAGGCGAUGACCGCCGUCGCUUGAGAGAGGCGUUCGCUCAGAACGAUCGUCCCACCAAGCAACAGCGUCUUGAUCUCGCGCGGCGCCUCCGGCUCAGAGAUAAUGUUGAACACGGCGCCAGUAUCAUCAGUGUACGCUCAAUUCUUCUGAAAAAAUUAAUCCCGGUCUCAAUAAUUCUCUAA